AUGGAUAGAAAAUCUAAAGAAAUAUUUUUUCAUUUUAGAAAAAAUAAUGAUUGGGCUCUAUGUUAUCGAAGUCUUCUAAUUAAAUUAAAUUUUACAAAUGGAAAAGAACGACAACAAAUUGCAGAGUCAAUGUGUACAAUUGCUUCAAAAAUUGUUCCAAAAAAUGCAGAUGAAAGGCGGUUUAAAAAAGAAAGCAAAUGCCAUUUAGCUUUGGAAAAAUUUCGUCAAAUGGAUGGAGAAACAUUAAUUUCUGCAAAAAGAUUACUUUGGAGAUGUUUUGAAGAUUUUGAGAAACAGCCAGAUUCUAUUUCUGCCGAUUUAGCUUCUGACUUGAAAAAUGCGUUGAUUUUUUCUUAUAAAACCGAACAAAGGGAAAAGAAAGCGAAUAAUCUCGACUCGAAAGACAAUUCUAAAAGACGUCGAGCACAAAUGGUAUUAUUCGAAAAAAUUGGAGAUGAAGCAUCAAAAUUGGAAUUUAAUGAAAUUGCUUUGCGUUAUUAUAAUAAAAUGAUGAAAUGUUGUGAUUCUGCUGAUGAUCAAAGAAAAGCUUGGAUUUCAAUGGCUGAAACUGCUAAAGAUUGUGGAUUAUGGGAAAGAUGUGUUCAUUUUUAUGAACAAGCAAGAAAAUGGGAAAAAGAAUUGGGAUAUGAUGAUGAAAAGCUUCUCGAAACCGACAUUUCAAUCGCCCUUGCAUACAUAAAAGUUGAGCAAAUUUCUUUGGAAGAACGUUUGGAAAAAAUUAAAAAAGUUUAUAAUGAUUGUUCUAUACCUAAAUAUAAGUUUGCAUUAUUACCCGAAUUUAUUAAAUUUCUGAAGUCUAACAAUUUAUAUUCAACUGAAAAGAUAGCUAAAAUGAGAAGAGAAAGACUUUCAUUAGAAAAUUCUUUGGCUGAAAAUGAUGAAGGGCGGAAAGAAAAUGAAUUAAUAGAAGACUCUACUUCUAAUUUUACAGAUGAAUUUGAUGAAAUGAAUGAAGAGCAAAUAAUUUUUGAAAUUAGAGGUAAUAUUAAAUAA